AUGGGAAACUGGAAUACGACAUCAGAUUUCAUUCUCCUAGGUCUCUUUAACCACACAGGAGCCCAUUUAUUUCUCUUUGUGAUGGUUCUGAUGAUGGCCUUCACCUCCCUAGUGGGCAACGCCCUCAUACUUGUCCUGAUUCUCCUGGACCCCCGGCUCCACAGGCCCAUGUACUUCCUCCUGAGCCAACUCUCCCUCAUGGACCUGCUGCUGGUGUGCACCAUCGUGCCCAAAAUUGCUGCUGACUACCUGACUGACAGGAAGUCCAUCUCCCCGGCUGGCUGUGGGCUGCAGAUCUUCUUCUUCCUCACUUUGGGAGGGGGUGAGUGCUUCCUCUUAGCAGCCAUGUCCUACGACCGCUACGUCGCUGUUUGCCACCCACUGAGAUACUCAGUCCUCAUGAGUAGGCAGUCAUGCCUGAGGAUGAUUUUGGGGUCUUGGUUCCUGGGUGCAGCUGACGGGCUCAUGCAGGCUGCUGCUACCCUCAGUUUCUCAUUUUGUAGUGCACGUGAGAUGGACCAUUUCUUCUGCGAGGCCCCCACUCUGGUGCGUUUGGCUUGUGCUGACACGUCAGCCUUUGAGUACGUCAUGUACAUCUGCUGUGUGCUGAUGCUCCUGGUCCCCCUUUCCCUCAUCCUGACUUCCUAUGGCCUCAUCCUCGCUGCCGUUCUCCAGAUGCGUUCUAACAAAGCCCGCAAGAAGGCUUGUGCCACCUGCUCCUCACAUCUGUCUGUGGUGGGACUCUUUUUUGGAGCUGCCAUUUUUACCUACAUGAGACCCAAAUCCUACAGGUCAGCGAACCACGAUAAGGUGGUGUCAGUUUACUAUACGGUCUUCACCCCUGUGCUGAACCCCCUCAUCUACAGUCUGAGGAACAGCGAGGUCAAGGGAGCCCUGAGAAAGUGUAUGGAUCAGUGUGCUGCCUUAAGUAUUUGCCCCAAAGUUCGAAGUUGUAAGAAGUGA